AUGCCUUACAAGUCUCGUUGGCAGAUUGAGAUCCCUCGAUGUUCACUUCCCACGUUCCUCUUUGGAUCCUCUGCCAAUCUUCCUCACAGUCCUUCUAAUCCUAACAAAGUGUGUCUUGCAGACGCAGCUCGGCCAAACACUCAUUUUUUUACAAGGGCCACAUAUCAGCUCUGGUGUCAACGCUUUGCUUUAGGCCUACAGCAAUCAGGGCUUUUCAAAGAGGGUGAUCGGCUCCUGUUGUUCAGCCCGAACAACAUUUUUGUGCCAGUUGUAUUCCUAGGUACUUUGCUUGCUGGUGGUAUUUUCACAGGAGCAAAUCCGUCCUUUACUCCCCGAGAGCUGGCCUACCAGUUACGUGAUUCCGAAGCUUCCUUGUUGCUCUGCCAUAGCUCCAUUACUGAGUCAGGCAUUCAGGCAGCAAAACGCGCAGGUCUGGAUCUAUCCCGAGUCUUUGUUUUUGACGAUGCCAUCUUCGACGGCACAGGAUCGUCAUCCCACGGUUUGUGGUACUGGAGCCAAUUGGUUUCUCCCAAUCUGGAACAAGCUGAAGUCUUUGCUUGGAACGACCUCACAGGUCUUGGAGAAUGUAACACUACCUUAGCCUUGAAUUACUCAUCCGGGACUACUGGACUUCCAAAGGGGGUGGAAGUCACUCAUCUCAACUACCUAGCAAACACACUGCAAACAGGUCAGACAGUCAAAAAUCACCUAGACUACGAAAAGAGAAGCCUCAAUUCCGCUUCUCUUGCAUAUCUCCCACUGUACCACGCAUACGGCCAAACCGUCUAUAUUGCUCUCUAUUUCCAUCACGAGCGUACGGCAUAUGUGAUGCCCAAAUUUGAUUUCAUCAAAAUGCUAGAGUAUACGGAGAAAUUCAAGGUUUCGGAUAUGAACCUCGUGCCACCAAUCGCUUUGGCCUUGGCCAAAUAUCCAGACCUUGACAAGUAUGAUCUGAGCAGCGUCACCUUUCUUGGGUGUGGCGCUGCACCUCUGAGUAGAGAUAUUGCAGAGCAAGUCGAGAAAAGGCUGAACAAGAAUCGUAAAGAGGAGGACAGGCUGAACUUGAGACAAGGCUGGGGCAUGACUGAAUGUACUUGCUCACUGCUUUAUCCGGAUAUCAACGAAGAAGUUAACACAAACACGGUUGGAGAGCCUAACGCCAACUGUGAGGCCAUGAUUGUCGAUGAAGGUACUGGAAAAGAAAUUACAGCUCGAGGGCCAGAAGCUAGGGGAGAAUUGUGGUGCCGCGGUGAGAAUGUCAUGAAAGGAUACUGGCGAAACCCCAAAGCCACAGCCGAAACGCUCACUCCAGGUGGGUGGUUGAAGACAGGGGAUAUCGCCUACGUUUCCGAGAAAGGUCAUUUUGUCAUUGUCGACCGUAUCAAGGAGCUGAUCAAAGUUCAAGGCCACCAGGUAGCCCCUGCCGAGCUCGAAGCUCUGUUGCUCGAACAUCCGGCUGUCCUCGACGUGGCCGUGGUUGGGGUGUCUAGAUCGGACGGCGACGAGGAACCGAGGGCAUUUGUAGUCAAACAAGGUAAAGUAACUGAGAAGGAGAUCCAAGAUUUCACAGCCUCGAAAGUAGUCAGAUACAAACAUCUGACUGGCGGUGUUACGUUCAUCGAUGAAAUUCCGAGGAAUCCAAGUGGCAAGAUUCUAAGGAGGCAGAUAAAGGAACGUUGCAAUGACAGCGUACGUACAGGAGCACGAUUGUAG